UGGUCAAGCACGUCAACGGUCAAUAUUCAUAGUCAUAGCGAUGGGUACAGGAUAUGUCAAUGUUGUGGAUAUCAGAAUUAUUGUAUCGAUACUAAUUUAGCAUUUAUAUUUUGAAAAUGUCAGGAUCUAAGAAAUUGACGUUACGCGUGCAGUCAUCAGAGGGAACAAGCCGUAUUGAAAUCCUCGACACUGACAAUACUGCAAAGUUAUAUGAGCGAGUUUAUGAAACCUUAAAUCUUAAUACCUAUACAUUUGCUUUGCACAAAGAUCGUUCACAUAAAGAAGAGAUAAUAUCAAGCAAGUCAGGGCUGGUCCGUGACUAUGGCUUGCAUCAUGGUGAUAUGUUAUACUUAAGUCCUGUUAACGGGGCUGUACUCUUUGAUCAACAGUCCACAAGUACAGAGAGCUUAAAACCGGCACUUGCAGCGGAGGCUGGACCAUCUACUUCGUCCAUGUCCACUCCUUCCUCGAGUGGCCUUCGUAAGAAAAAUGUUCCUCAAGAAGAUGAAGUUGAUUUACAACUCUAUCAAAUGUCAGGAAAUAUACAGAGACAAAGAGAUGAUAAACUAUGUCGGCAUAAUUCAAAGGGAUGUUGCGUACACUGUACGCCACUGGAACCUUGGGAUGAGAACUAUUUAAAGGAACACAAUAUCAAACAUCUAUCGUUUCACUCAUAUUUACGUAAAAUGACAUCAGGAAAAUUCAUUUCAUUGGAUGAAUUGUCAUGUAAAAUAAAACCAGGGUGUAAGGAGCAUCCGCCAUGGCCGCGUGGAAUCUGCUCGACGUGUCAGCCGGGCGCUGUCACUCUCAACCGUCAGCCGUACCGCCACGUGGACAACGUGCUAUUGGAACACGCCGCACCCGUCGAUCGCUUCCUGGCAUACUGGCGUAUCACAGAGCACCAGAGGAUCGCCUUCCUUUAUGGGAAGUACGAAAGACAUCCCGACGUUCCUUUAGGUAUCCGAGCCCGUGUGGCAGCUCUGUACGAGCCCCCGCAGCAAUGUACUCGGGACAGUAUCGUGCUAGCCGAGGACGAGAAGGGGCCAAUACUGAACGAGAUAGCGGCAAGACUGGGGCUAACUUGCGUGGGGUGGAUGUUCACAGAUCUGUUACCUCUAGACCUUGCUGCCGGCACAGUGAAGAAGGUCAGGGGCAUGGACACACACUUCCUCUCCGCGCAGGAGUGCAUCAUGGCUGCCCACUACCAGAACAAACAUCCCAACGCCUGCAGGCACGCGUCUUCGGGCUAUUUCGGCUCCAAAUUCGUGACUGUAUGUGUGACAGGUGAUAGCAAUAACCAGAUCCACUUGGAGGGGUACCAGGUGUCGGGGCAGUGCGCGGCGCUGGUGAGGGACGACAUCCUGGUACCGACCCGGGACGCGCCUGAUCUGGGCUACAUCCGCGAUUGCACGACCUCGCAGUACGUGCCCGACGUCUACUAUAAGGAACGCGACGUAUAUGGAAACGAAGUAGGAGUGUCUGCCAAGAGGUUGCCAGUGGCGUAUUUGUUGGUGGAUGUUCCUUGCGGAGUAGCGCCCAGCUCAUCACAGCCCACCUUCAGCCCGGCAGCCACCUUCCCCCCAGCCAACAGGCCGCUCCAGAACCAGAUCCAGAGCCUGAAGGGGUUGCACGAUCACAUACAGCGGUCUUCGUCGUUUUUGGAGGCUAUGUCUGACAUCCACGUGUUGCUGUACCUGGCUACAAACGAGGCUCUGCCGCUCACUCUGGAGCAGCUGGAGCCGUUACUGGACGCGGUGCGCACGCGGGAUGAGCAGGCCGCCGACGCGUGCCGCGCCGACUCUCACGUGGCCACGCUGUUGCAGCUGGCGCUCGCCUGCGAGCACGACAUGCAGGCCAGUUCCGUGGGCCCAGGCGACGGGUCGCAAGACGUCUGGACUUGCCAGGUGUGCACUUACCACAACGCGGCGCCGCUCGACUCCUGCGAGAUGUGCGCCAUGCCCAGAAAUAACGGCCUGUAAUGCCAAGUGACUGCAUUGUGGGAGUUAAUCAGUGUAAUGUCGCGGUCUUCAGAGACGCUCACGACGCCGUUAGACAUUCCCUGAUGGGGUCUCCGAACCCACAAGUUCCAUACUCUUCACAUCGUGCCGACUCUUAUUUUAUGAAGUAUGGAAGUUUUCUAUACUUCCUUGUAUCAGAUUAUAGCUUUCAAACUGGUGAACAUUACUGGAUAAAUAUAAUUUUGCAUUCGAAA